AUGUAUAGAUCUUUCAUCUAUUUGGAGUUUGAUGUAGAAAGACGAGAAUAUAACUUUGAAUACUUUGCUGAAAGUGCCGGCUCAGGGUUCAUGGUUGGCACCUUGGGCGGGAGUUUCUGCCACUUCUUCAAGGGUUUCGCCCAUAGAGCACCGUCAAUCAGAACAAAAUUUGGUGGCGGAAUCAAUGCAAUGCGUUUUAACACUUUACGCACAGGAGGAUUUUUUGCUAGUCUUUUCUUGGCAAUUGACAUUCCGUCUUAUCUCUUUUAUGAAUACCGUGGUCAGAGGACCGUUUGGACGGAUAAAGCAAUCUCACUCGCCAUUGGUGGUGCUACCAUGUGGGCACCUCGUGGUAUUCGUUCUGCCUCAAUCGCUGCCCUCACGUCUGGUGGCAUCUAUACUGUUAAUCAAGGCAUUAAGGUUGUGCUAAAAAAUGCCGAGCCCGAGUAUAAUGAGGAGAGAAGCCAUCACUCGCUUUUCAUCCAAGUCAUGUGGAGUGCAUGGGAUUCCAUAGCUUCAAGGAUUAGGUAUAACCGUCUACGAACUAGCAGGCCAAGCCAUGGUGAUUGGUGA